AUGUCUGGCGAAGAUGAUGGGUUCAACUCCAAGAAUUGGGUGUGGGUCCCAGAUGCUACCAACUUCUUUAACAAGGGUUAUAUUACGGACUACUUAGAAGACGGUAAAUGUAAAGUGACGGUGAUAGACGGCAACCAGGAAGUUAACAAGGUUGUAGAAAGCAGCCAGUUGGAGAACUGUAAUCCUCAGAAGUUCAACAAGUGCAACGACAUGGCAGAAUUGACACAUCUCAACGAGCCGUCGGUGGUGUAUAACUUGUACCUUCGUUACAAUGACGAUAUGAUCUACACGUACUCAGGGUUGUUCCUUGUGGCGAUAAAUCCCUACAAAUCGAUCCCGAUCUAUGACUCGGCCACACUAAAGAAGUUCCACGACCACGAUUUUGAAAAGAAAGAGGAAAACACCUCUAAACCUCCCCCUCAUAUCUACGCUACUGCUGAGGGCACCUAUCGAAAUUUGUUAGAGAACCAGAAGGACCAAAGUAUUCUAGUGACGGGAGAGUCUGGUGCUGGUAAGACCGAAAACACAAAGAAGAUCAUCCAGUAUUUGUCGUCAAUUACUGGGAAUAUCGUAGACAAUCCUCCUUCCAAGGCUUCUACGUCCCAUUCGGGAUUGGCAUCGAUUGACACUAAAAUUCUUCAAGCCAACCCAAUAUUAGAGUCCUUUGGUAACGCCAAGACCAUCAAAAACAACAAUUCGUCAAGAUUCGGGAAAUUCAUUAAAAUCUUUGUGUCGACUAAGGGUUCCAUCACAGGAGCCAAUAUCGAGUACUACUUACUUGAAAAAUCAAGAGUGGUUCACCAAGUAGCUGAUGAAAGGAACUACCAUAUUUUCUACCAGUUCUUAAAGGGAUCUAGCAAGGAAACUUUAGACAAAUACAAACUUUCAUCGUCGAUUAAACUGCAUUCUUAUUUAAAAUUGGCACAAACUGACAUACCCAAAACCGACGACUCGAAGGACUUCAAAUUCCUUGUAGAUGCGUUUGAUAUUAUGGGGUUUGAAAAGGAUGAAACGAAUCAUAUUUUCUCGAUGUUGGCUGUUAUCUUACACUUGGGUAACUUGGAAUUUACCAGUGUCAAGGCAGAACAGGCCAGUUUCACCUCACUGCUGCCCACCCAAAUUAUUUCAGAGUUAUUGGGAAUCAAAAAACUGGAUCUUGUGGAUAAUUUGUUAAAACCAAAAGUCAAGGCUGGAAAAGAAUUCAUAAGCAAGGCCAAAAAGGCUCCUGCGGUAAGAUAUGCAGUUGAUGCAUUCGCCAAAUAUUUGUAUGAGAAGAUCUUCCAAUACAUUAUAAAUAGAAUUAAUGCUAAUUUGAAGGAUGGUGAAGAUGCCGACUCCUCGUUGGAUGGAAAUUUCAUUGGAGUGUUAGAUAUUGCAGGUUUUGAAAUCUUUGAACAAAAUUCAUUCGAACAACUUUGCAUUAAUUAUACAAAUGAAAAAUUGCAACAAUUUUUCAAUCAUCAUUCAUUCAUAUUGGAGCAAAGUGAAUAUUUAAGAGAAGAUAUCCAAUGGGAAUUUAUAGAUUUUGGACAAGAUUUGCAACCUACUAUAGAUUUGAUUGAAACACGGAAGCCAAUGGGUAUAUUUGCCGUGCUAGAUGAAGAAUGCAUGGUACCAAAGUCAAGUGAUAAGAUUUUCAUGGAAAAAUUGGCAUCCAAAUGGGGCAAUGGAGAAAAUAAGAAAUUUCAACAGAAUAAGUAUAAAAGUGGCUUCAUUGUACACCAUUAUGCUGGAAAGGUGGAAUAUAAUGUUGAAAAUUGGUUGCAAAAGAAUACCGAUCCAGUCACUGAAAGCCUUCUCAAGUUGUUUCCUCAAUCAUCAAAUCAGUUUGUACAAGAUUUGUUCAAAGAUGAUGAACAUUUACAACAAGUUAAUGGUGGUAGAAAUGGGAAGUUAAAGACUGCAAGUCAAAAGCAUAAAGACCAAUUGACUAACCUUAUGAAUCAAUUGGGUAAAACUGAGCCUCACUUCGUUCGUUGUAUUUUACCUAAUCUCGAAAAGAAGCCUAAUAAAUUCGACAAGAAGUUAGUUCUCCAUCAAUUGCGUUGCAAUGGUGUCUUGGAAGGAAUUAGAAUAGCAAGAGCUGGUUAUCCAAAUAAAAUGACUUUUGAAGAAUUCUAUCAACGUUAUUCAAUUUUGGAUGUUAAGGAGGUUUUCACUAAAAAUUUGAAAACUAAUUCUGAAUUAAUUAUCAAGCAUAUCAAUUUGGAUGUGGACAGCUAUAAAAUAGGUAUAACGAAGCUAUUCUUCAAGAAUGGUGUUUUGGGUAAAUUGGAAGAAUUGCGUGAUUUAAGUUUGAAGAGUAUUUUCACUCUGUUGCAAAGUGUAAUUAGAGGAAAGUCAACAAGAACCCAUAUCAAAUCUCAAAUUGACCAGAUUCAGGCUUCGCAAUUGAUAGCAAGAAAUUUCCGAACUUUAAACGAAGCGAUGACGAAUAACUUAUGGCUUGAAUUGUUCAUUAAUAUCAAGCCCUUAUUAGAAGACUCGGUUAAGGUUCUCGAUAGUAAAGAAAUUAAUGAAAAAUUGAAGACAUUAAAGAGUCAAUUGAAAGAUACUGAAAAAUUGAAGGAGAAGCUUGAGCAAGAAAACGCAAAAUUGAAAGAACAAAUAACCCACCUUGAAGAUGAUAUAAUCUCUACCAAUCUGAUUCUUCAACAGAGAGACACUAUUGUUGAUCAAAUGAAACAGGAAGAAAAGGACAAGAAGGUCAAGAUUGAUACUAUGCAAAAUGAAAUAAAAGCAAUCAAGAAAGAAAGGGAUCACUUACAAGAUGAGAAGGCCAAAUUAGACAAACAAUUAGAAAAACAUAAGACUCAAUUAGCAACAAAUCUUGAAAAGCUUAAAAGUGUAAAGGAUGAACAUUCUGUUGCAACUAAGCAAUUGGAAAAGCUAACUAGCAAACUUGCUCACCAUGAACAAGAAACAGUAAAGCACAAGGAUGUCAUUGAACAAUUGAUGAAUGAAACUGGAAGCCAUAAAGAAAUUCUUGAGAACUUGAAAAAGGAGCAUGAAGUAGAAAUAUUGAAGAGCACAGAUGAGCUCCAAGCAAACUCUGAGGAGUACGAGAAAAUGAAAAGUGAAUUUGAGAGCACAAUAGAAUCCCAUGAACUGAAAUUGAAAUUAUUGGAAACUCAACUCCAAGAACAAUCCGAAUCUUCAGCUUCAAAUGAAGAGGAAUUGAAACUGAAAUAUGACUCUUUGGUAAGUAAUCACGAAUCAAUUAAGUUAAAACUUAAAAAAUCUGAAAAGGACUAUACCCAGCUACGCGAAGAGCAUUCUAAAAUUACAAAGGAUAGGGAUUCCCUUAGCACCAAGCAUGUUAAAUCAACUUCAGAGCUCCAGACUAAGAUCAAUCUGUUGAAUAGUAAAGUCGAAGAAUUGACUAAGUCACUCGAUACCAUUAAGGCCACAUUAAGAGAUGAGAAAAAGGCAAGUUCAGAGAAGGAUACUCUUCUUUCUACUUUGCAAGGAAAACUCUCUUUCCAUGAAUCUGAAGCUGAAAGGACAAAGUCUGAUAAGUCAAUGACCGAGCGAGAAUUGACCUCCCUUAAGAGUGAACUUGAAAAGCAAGCUGGCAAGGUUUUGCAACUUCAGGCAGAAAAUGAGAAAGUAAAUUCUGAUCAUUCCAAGGCAGUAUCCGACCUACAGUUGCAAAAAUUAAAAGAGCAAGAUAUGAUUUCCAAUCAUGCCAAAGAAGUUGCUAAGUUGGACCAAAUAGAAGCUUUGAAAAGGGAAUUGGUAUCUGUCAAUAGCGAGAAUACUAGCAUAAACUCCUCAUUCCAAAAAUUGAGAGUUGAGUUUGAAGGUUCUAAAAGUACACAAGAUUUAUAUAGUAAGCAGAUCUUAGAUUUGAAAGAAAAGGUCAAGGCCUUAGAAACUGAAAAGCAAUUGAGAGACAAUGAAGAUAAGAAAAAUAAAGAAAACAUUGCUCCACCUAGUGAUCCAAACUUCGUGAAUGAAUUUGCUACAAUUAAAUUGAAAUUGAACGAGCAGAGUGCCACCUUAAGAAAGGAGAAAUUCGAAAAUCAGAAAUUAAGUGAAGAAUUGAAACAACUUAAGAGCAGAAUUGGUCCUGAUGGGCAAUUGAAAAAGCUGAUCAGUAAUGCAAGCGGACAAUACACACCUAACAGGCGCUCUUUUGCAUUAGGUGAACUGAUCAAUAUCGGAACUUUAGGAGAGACGUCAGCAUCAACUGAAAUUGAAUCUCUCAAGCGGAGAAUUCAACAAGAAGAAUCAAAUACUCAAAGAGCGGAAACUUAUGCCAUUGAAUUACAGAAGAAAUUAAACAAGCUUCAAACCACUCGUGGUAUCAGUAACAGUUGGAAUAUUGACUAUGAAAAGAAAUACAAAGAAUCCCAAGAACGAAUUCAAGACUUAGAAGCAAAAUUCCAGGAUUUAAUUUCCCUUGAAGACUCGCCCAAGAGGCUUGCUAAAAGUGAAAGUUUUGGUCGUAGUUCAAUUAUAAACAACACUUUGAAUAAUGCAAAUCAAGAUUUUGUUAAAAUUUAUCAAGACAUAACAAAGACUCUUAAGGUUACCAGAGACGAAUUAACUGCUUCUAAGAGUGAAAUUUUGAGAUUGAAACAUUUAUUGAGGGAGCUGGAGGAUGAAUUGUAUGAAACAAAAAAAUCUUCCUUUAAGUCAUCUGUGACCGAAUACGAAAAUGAGUUGGCUCAGUUAAAGGUGAAGCAUGAAAGCAUCAGAAGUCAAAACGUCGAUUUAAACAGUAAUAUUGAAGUCUAUAAGAGAAGAGCUGAUGAGUACUACGAGAAAUUGGAGCUAGCUGAAUCAGCAAUCAAGAUCUCCAAAAGACAUGAAGAGCAGGCUACUAAAGAAUUAUCUUCUACUAAGACCCAACUCAACCUCGCCAGAGAAGAAAGCAGAGCCACUCAAAUAUUAAUUAAGGAAACCAGACUUGAGAACUCAAAGUUGGAAACUACAAUCAGCGAUAAGGAAUAUUCCAUUCAACAGCUUCAGUAUCAAAUUAAAAAUUUGAAUGACAAGAUAAAUUACUUCACCAAGAAUUAUGAAAAUGUUGAAAAUCAAGAGAAAUUAAAGGAUGAAAUUAGAGAUUUAAGAAAAGACUUAAAUUUCAAGUUAGAAACUGAAACUACUUUGAUUAGGGACAACAAAAAGUUAUCAUUAGACUUGGAAGAGCUUACUGAAGAAAAGAAUCAACUUGAUAUAGAUUUUGAACAACAAGCUAUGAAGUUGGAAGAACUUGAAAUACUGUUUGCUGAAUUGACUAACAAGUGUAGAACUUUGGAAAAUGAAAAGCAACUCAACGAAAGGAAAAUUAACAAUUUUACAAAACAAGUACUUAACUUGAAGGAACUCGUCAAGGAACUCACCGAACAAAAAGAUGGAUUAUUGCAAGACAAAGACAAGUUGGAAGAAGAUUUACUCAAAUUGACACAUACGCAUGAGGAUACUGUAGCCAAGUUAUCACAAACAGAAUCAGAUAUGGCAAUUCUUAGAACACAUUUGGAGAGUCAAAGACAAGAUGCAGAUGAUAUCAGAAGCGAAUUUCGCCAAUCUAAGAUUUCUACAUCUCAUGAUAUACAAGACUAUCUGAAAUUGAAAAAAGAGUUACUUGUAACUAGUGAGGAGAAUGAUUCACUUAAAAAGGUGAAUGUUGAAUUGAGCGGCAAGGUUCAAGUCUUGGAAGAUAAGCUCUAUAGCAAUGAACAAUUGAAGUACUGGGAAACAAAAGUUGAAGGUUUAUCUUUUGAAUUGGACAAAUCUCAUGGAGAAAACUACGAGGCUAACAAGACAAUAAAACUGUUGGAAAGGGAUAUCAAAAAGUUGGAAAUCAGGGUAACUAAUGAAUCACAACUUUCAAAGAAGUACAACGAUGAGAAUUUUGAUUUCCAAAAUAAAGUCAACCAUUAUAAGAGUACCGUUGAUAUUCUACAUGCCGAAAACCUGGAGAAGGAUCUUCAAUUGAAGGCAAGUGAGCGUGAAAAGGAAGAAUUGAAGGAAAAUAUGUUAUUCCUUGAAAAAGAGGUGUUGGAGUUGAGAGCUAGGUUAGGCGUAUAA